AUGUCCGUCGAGAUCGAUCCUCAGGAGCUCGGCUUCCACCGGCCCUUCACGGUCGAAGUCUCGGAAGUCUUAAGGAUCAGAAACCCCAAUACCUACCCGGUUGCUUUCAAGACAUGUGUGAUCAGAUACUGCGUCAGGCCCAACUCUGGCCGAGUCGAGCCGGGCAAGGAGGUGGAAGUUGCAGUCAUCCUCCAGGCUAUGAAGCAAGAACCCCCUAUGGAUACGAAAUGCCGAGACAAGUUUCUGGUCCAGUCCGUUGCCAUUACUGGGGACAAGGAGUUCACCAAUCUGGCGUCGAUCUGGGAUGCUAUCGACAAAUCAUCUGUAGUAGAGCGAAAAAUCCGAGUCGUGUUCCAGCCCCCGAAGGGUUCUGGUGCAGCAUCAAACCUCGAGACCCCGGAUCGAAGGUCCACGACCAACGGCGCCGAUGCGACACCUGAUGUGGCUCCCCCGGCCUAUUCAUCACCCGGCGACUUUGCACCCAGCCAAACAGAACCGAAGUCCUCGAUGGACGACAAGGAGUUCCAGCACGCAAGCUCUCCCUCGGGUGCAGGAGUCGCACCCCUGGUUGCAAUCCCGACUAGCGACCCGAGCCGCGACGACCUGAAGCAACAACUUGCCCAAGCGGAGAGGAUGAUCGCAGAGCUGAAACAAGACCAGGGAGGACUGAGGCAGCGAAAGGCCGGAAACACGGAGGAGAAGCCAGCCAGCAAGCCGGCCGAACUCGCUCAGGCGGUACGAGGCACCGAGGGCGUACCCAUCCAGAUCGCGGCGGUCCUGUGUUUGUUGAGCUUCCUGCUCGCUUACCUCUUCUUUUAG